AGCCAGCCCGAGCCGGAGCGGAAAGGCUAGCCGGCCCAGUUUCCGUUCGGGAUGGGUCCCCGCUCCGGGGCGCGUUGCCACCCGGUCCCGGGGACUUUCUAUGUCGCGAGGGUCUGAAGCGCGGCUGUCCCGGGAAGGGUGGACGGCCCGCGAGGGCGCUGAACCGCUGGCUGACCUUGAUUGGACCGAUCUGACACAGCCGCCGCGACGCGCAGAUGUUUUCAAGUCAGCAAACAUUUACUGAGCAUUUACUAUGUACAAGAUGAACAUCUGCAGCAAGCCCUCCAACAAGACAGCCCCUGAGAAGAAUGUGUGGACGGCGCCUGCUCAGACCAGCAGACCCUCCCCAGAGCUACAGGGCCAGCGGUCCCGCCGGAAUGGGUGGAGCUGGCCCCCUCACCCGCUCCAGUUUGUGGCCUGGCUGCUAUAUCUCUUCUUCGCUGUGACUGGAUUUGGGGUCCUUGUUCCCCUUCUGCCGCACCACUGGGCGCCUGCUGGCUACGCUUGCAUGGGCGCCAUCUUUGCCGGCCACCUCGUGGUGCACCUGACUGCUGUCACCAUUGAUCCAGCAGAUGCCAAUGUGCGAGACAAGAGCUACGCAGGGCCCCUGCCCAUCUUCAACCGCAGCCAACAUGCACAUGUCAUUGAAGACCUGCACUGCAACUUGUGCGAUGUAGAUGUGAGUGCUCGCUCCAAGCACUGCAGCGCCUGCAACAAGUGCGUGUGCGGCUUCGACCACCACUGCAAGUGGCUCAACAACUGCGUGGGCGAGCGGAACUACCGGCUCUUUCUACACAGUGUAGCAUCCGCUUUACUGGGUGUCCUGCUUCUGGUACUGGUGGCCACUUACGUCUUCGUGGAGUUCUUUGUCAACCCCAUGCGACUGCGCACCAACCAACACUUCGAAGUCCUGAAGAAUCACACAGAUGUGUGGUUCGUGUUCCUGCCUGCCGCACCUGUGGAGACCCAAGCUCCUGCCAUCCUGGCCCUGGCUGCCCUACUCAUCCUUCUGGGCCUGCUCUCCACAGCCCUGCUGGGCCACCUGUUCUGCUUCCAUAUUUAUCUCAUGUGGCACAAGCUCACCACCUAUGAGUACAUCGUGCAGCGCCGCCCACCACAGGAGGCAAAGGGGGCUCACAGGGAGCUCAAGUCGUGUCCCCCCAAGAUGCGGCCCAUUCAGGAGAUGGAGUUCUAUAUGCGGACCCUCAGCCAUGUGCGCCCAGAACCCUCGGGCCAGGCCAGGCCAGCGGCGGUGAAUGCCAAUCCUUCUGGGUUUUUUAUCACCCGAGUCCAAGCAGAGCCUCCACCACUGUCUUCCUCAGACACUCAUGCUCUGCCUCCCCAGAUCCGAUCCCAGAAAAAGAGGAAGCGGCGUAUGUAUAAGGUGCCAACGUCUGAGACCUUGGCCCGGGCGUCCCCGCUGCCCAGGCUGCGGGGGCCCGGGGCCGCCGGCCGCGGGUCCAGCUCUUCGACGGAUUCCGCGGACACCAGCCCAGUGCACGCCGCUGGCCCUGACUGCGCCUACCACUCAGCGUCGGCCGAGUCCAUGGACGAGAUUCGAGUGGCGCAGACGCGCCUGGGCAGCACCGCUCUGGCCGUCCCGGGGGGUAAGGGCCGAGAGCCCCGGCUGGCGCUGCAGGCUCAUGCGCCCGCCGUGUUCGUGAGCCCGAGCAGCGGUGAACCCGAGGCAUCCAGCGACCGGGAGGUCUGUCUAGCUUAGCUGGAGGGUCGAGGAGGAGCGGCCGGCCAAGUCUCUAUGCAACACCCCACCCUUGCUGCACGGAGUGCACUUUAGGAGGUCCUACGGCCGGCGGGAUCGGCCUUCCUCCCCCACGACUCAGCAGUCCCCGUCCCACUGGCCGUGAUGCUCCAAUAAACUUUUUUAUGCUUUCUGUCUU